AUGCCACUCACCCUGCACCACCUGGGCCUCUCCCAAUCCGAGCGCAUAAUCUGGCUCGCCGAAGAACUCAACCUAGACUACAAACUCGUCCACCACAAGCGAGACCCCAUCUUCGCCCCCCAAUCAAUCAAAGACCUCCACCCAGCCGGAACAGCCCCAGUCAUGGAAGACGAUCCAUCCACCGUCACCCAAUCCCGCGUCGUCCUCGCCGAAUCAGGCGCUAUCAUCGACUACAUCAUCGCCGUCCACGGAAAGGGAGCACUCGCGCCUACCCCGAAAGACGGAUCGGCGUACCCGAAUUACCUAGAAUGGUAUCAUUUCGCUAAUGGAAGCCUUCAACCGGCUCUCUUCCGGGUUCUUAUGGCUCGCGGCCCGGCGUCGGAUCCUAACUCCCCCGUUGUUGUGCGGACGUUGGCAAAGUGGGAUCAUUUAUUGUCUAUGAUGGAGGAUAGACUUGCUGAGACGGGCGCGUAUCUUGCUGGUGAGAUGCUUACGGCUGCGGACAUUAUGACUUUUUUCACGUUGACUACUAUGCGUGGCUUUUGUCCUGUUGAGUAUGAUGUGGAGAAGCAUAGGCAUAUCUUGGCUUAUUUGAAGAGGGUUGGGGAGAGACCGGCGUAUCGGAAAGCCAUGGAGAUUUGUGAGGGAAAGGACUUUGUGCCUUUGUUGAGUGCGAAGGCCGAACAGUUCUCGUUGAUGAAGAGGUGA